UCCUGAAACAACACCUACCUAUGUCUUACCAGUUCCCAGUGAUUUUUUUGUGUAUUUUUAUUAUAGUUUUCAGUGUUUUUAUUUCAACUUGAAAAUGUUUAAGUGCGAUCAGUGUAUCCAAAUGUUCUCUAGCAAAGAUAAUUUAGUUAGACACAAUAAAUUCCACAUUAGAGUUCAGUUUACGUGUGAAAUAUGUCUUAAGACUUACACGUAAAAAUAAUUUGACAAAACACAUUAAGAAUAAGCAUGGGGAGAAUGGGGGAAUCCGGUCACCUAAGCGAAUAAUCAAAUUUCUCUGAAAAUAAAAAUGUAUCCAAUAAAGUUGCAUUAUAUAGUGAAGCAUAAACAUGUUAGCAACAUCGUCACCAAGUUUCGAGUUCCUAAUAUUGUUUUACAUAAUGAACAUGAAAUCGCUCCGGAGAUUUUUGUUCCCGACAUACUUGCCGGUCCAUCAGAUGAAAUUAUUGUUUCCGACGACGAAUUGUGUGUGCUGGCGAUGAUGGAAGGCGCUGAAAAUAUCGGUUUUUGCGAAGGGCUUGAAAAUUAUAAUCGGGGAAAUUCGAAGGAUGUUGGUCAGAUAAAGAGAGCCAGGUUAAAUUUAGUAGGAAAUGCGACUGGUUUUAUCAACGUUGUUGGAUCAUCUUUCAAUAAUAUUAUCACUUGGUAUUAUAAAAAAAAACUUGGAAAAUAUAUUCAAUCAUUCUAUCUUUCUCAGCUCAAUAAAAUCAGAACUAAUCGAAAUUUUAAAAUCAUCAUCAAAACCACUCAAAUUCAAUCUUAAACUAGAAGCAACAUAUAACAAACCACAUGUAGAUAAUUCGUCCGUGAACAGAGCGUUCAAGACCUCGGCCAGGGCGAUUCUCGCGGAUACAGAUAUUGAAAACGAUAUUAAUAAUACGUUUAAAAAUAUAUUAUGCGAGGAAGAUAUAUACCAGGGCAAAGGCAGUGGGUUCACAUUCGAAAAAAUCGACGGUGUAUCACUAGGCAUAUAUAAUUAUAUACCGAAAAGUGGCUCUUCGUAUCUACCUUUACCUACUUACAUAGAAAAUAAAAAAGCCACCAUUAACCCGCAAAACAACGAUGAACAGUGUUUUAAAUGGGCUAUUCUAGUCAAACAUAUCACGGGAGAGAAAAAACAUAGUCAAUUUAAAUAUAAAUUAUUUAUUUAUUUUAUUUACUGAUUUAUAUAUAUAUAUAUUUAUUUUUUUUUGACGUCCAUUUGUCCUAGAUUGUUCUGCUUAACAGAGUUAAUUCCGCACUACGGUUCGGUAAUGCUAAGUUAUUGACUACGGUUUAACUCUUGACGACCCUAAAUAAAUAGAUGGGUUAGUUUAACUCUACUGAUAAUAACUUUACUCUAAAUAAUCAUAUUCGAACACAGCUCUGGGGCACUACAUAUGUCACCAAAGGUGCACAUUCAAAACAUUGAAGAAGUCACAAAUGGUUAAAGUCGACAACAAUAACUUGAUUAGUACAACUCCAAAACAUCCCGUAACACAAGAUAGAAUCAUUUGAGGUUACAUUUAGCCCGUUGUCAGGAGUUGUUCGUAGCUUGGCCCAAGGGUAGAUCGAAAGUUGGUUAAAUGGGAGCGGGGCAAAUAGGAAUACUAUUACCAUAAAUCAGGGAUGAGCAACUGGCGACCCGCGAGCCUUUUUUAUCUGGCCCGUGCUAUAUUUUUAAAUUACAACGUACAAUUUUAAAGUUAUCGUCUACCCUCUAUCUUAUCGAUGUAAUAAUUGUUAUCUGGUAUUAAACAUUGUUAAAUGUCAUAUGUAUGUAUACGUAUAGCUUUCAAACAUAACUGUUAGUAACGAACUAUUUAACUACCUAUAUCAGUUUCAUCGUAUCAUUCGUGUCGUGGUGUCUUAUGUGUUGAAUUUAUUAUUUCGGUGUAUAUGAAUGCUAAUUAAAAUUAAUACUUUGAAUAACCUGUUUUUUUUCCUACGCUUUGAACAGCUGGAUUUUAAUUUUCUAAAAAUUGAACCUCUAGUAAUUCUGAUUUGCCCAUCCCUGCUAUGUAUUAUGCUAUAAUUGAUUAUCAUAGGACAUACUUAUUACGGGGGAGGGGCACUGACGUAACUAUACACAUGGGGGUCCUAAAGUCAAAUAUAAAAUGGGGCUCCCUAACCAAAAAAUGUAAAUGGUCUUAAUAAAUCCCCACUUCUUUCCCUCCCAUUGAGUAAUCAAAACCAUUGUAUCGUUAAAAAUUUCAUAAAAUACAAAAUAAUUCUAUGAACUAACUUUUUUUAAAUAUUACAAAUUUUUAAGGUAAAAUCAGUAUUAAUAUUUCAAGAGCUCUUAGUAAAAAACCAUGUACAAAAUGGUUAACUUAAGUUAAAUUACUGCAAAUAGCAAUCGUCCUCGUGACACGACUCUCCCGCUCAUCGGCUAUGGAGUCGCGAUAACGAAUAUUUAUAAACAGUAAUAAAAUUGGAUAUUUCAAAC